UCUUCGUCGUCUCCCCCAAAACUAAAUGGAACCGAGGAGACCGACCAAGCCGGCCGCAGAGGAGGAGGGGCCGAUGGAGGCCUGUGAGGUCACCCGCCUGCAAGAGGAGCUCUUGUGGGCAGCGCUGUCCAGCACGUCACCUCGCGACGCCUGCCGUGCCGCAGCGGUCUCCCCGGCCUUCCGUGUGGCGGCCGACUCGGACGCUCUCUGGGCCUGCUUUCUGCCCUGCGGUCGUGACCUUCCGCCGCUCGCUGACGGAGAGUCGACGCCAUGCAGGAAGAAGGACCUGUUCCUCCGCCUCUCCGGCAGCCCCGUCCUCCUCCCAUGCGGACUCGUGAGCAUGUGGCUGGACAGGGAGACCGGCGCCAGGUGCUACAUGGUGCCGGCGAGGGAGCUGUCCAUCGGAUGGGGCACUCUCGCCGACUCGAGGUUUUCCGAGAGUGCUGAACUCAGACUGGUUUCCUGGCAGUAUAUCCGCGGCAAGAUACAUAGCAAGAUGCUCUCCCAAGGCUCAGCAUACUCUGUGUACAUGGUGUACAAGUUAGCCAACGAUUCAUAUGGGUUGACCGACGGUUACUACGGCCAAGAAUUGCCGGUCCAGAAGGCAUCAGUGAGCGUUGGAGGCACUCACCAAACCCGCAAGGUCUGCCUCCAACCUAACCCGCAAAGAAGCAGGAGACGGAACUAUCAUGCAGCGCUUCCUCGCAAAAGAGCUGAUGGUUGGAUCGAGCUGGAGCUGGGCGAGUUUAUUUGCGAGGGGCACGAAUAUGGCGAUGUGUCCUUCGGUCUGUCAGAGAUGAAUGAUUUGAGAAGGAAGAACGGUCUUAUCGUGCAGGGUAUUGAGAUUAGGCAUAAGAUUUGAGGAGGCAUCCACACCGAGUACCGAGCCAGUCCCGAUGGACAGGGCGACACACAACCCAGUGGCUGGCGACGGCCUCCACCGAGUGAUGAGUGUUGUUUUUGCGCUCAUCACACUGCUGUCUAAAUCAGAUAAUUAUCCCAGUAUUUUUUAGAAAUUCA